AUGGCAAUGGUGGACUAUAAUGAGUUAUUUGAUAAACUGGAAGAUUUAUCCGACCUUGAAGUCGCCAUCUUGCUGUGCCUUGUUGCCCAAGAACAUGGCAUUAUCGACACGGACUCGCAGACCAUCGAUGAUCUAAGCCGCGAGUUGAGUCUGAUUGCUGGCGGCACUUUUGGGCUAUCGAAUGUGGUUCUAGAUUGCUCGCCUCAUAUAUCCUUGGAGGAAUUCAGCAACGCGAUUUUGACUCCCGAUCAAAACGGAGGCCGACGGUCUCGAUUUUCGCAAUCAAGCACAGAUGCAGAUAGUUAUCCCGAGCCCAUCUCCUAUGGCGAUAUAACGUCAAGGGAAAAUGCCAAGUCGCGGCUCAGACAGACCCAUUUAGACGAUAGGAAGGUUGUCAAUAUUAUUAUUGCGAAGAAUUUUGACCAAACCCCUGAAGAGGUUCAAAUUCAGGCCUUGGAGAAUGACCACAUUUUCCUCUCUCAUUUUCACGAUAGAGCGGAUGGGUUUACGAACCUUGAAGAUGAAUCUGGCUGGAUAUCUGACGACGCCAACUCCUUUACAUCAGUGGUUCGACCCUCUCCAAAUACGCUACCAGCUUUAUAUCGACCUCGUCUUAUCUUUGAAGAGGUACAAUGA